UUUAACCACACUAGCUGCUGCUAGGCCACAACGAAGCGUGAUAGCCAUGGCGCCCCUGAAGCGUCCUUCCAGCGCCCUGUCGCACUCCACGCGCUCCGCCCUCGGUGGCGUCUUUCCGCUGGUGGCGCCCGAGGACCAGGCGCUGGCGGCGGCGCCGCUGGAGGAGCUCCGGCAGACCGUGGCGGCGGAGGUGCAGUGCGGAGCGUUGGCGGGCGCCAGUCACGUGGUGCUGCGCCGGGGGAAGUGUGUCUUCCACAUGGGCGAUGGCAAGGCCAACAGCAAAGAAGACUUCAACGUCAGGACCCUUUGCAAGCUCCAUGGAUGUACCAAGCCACUGGUCGCAUGCGCUUUUUUGACCUUAGUCGACAAGGGCAAGGCAAAGUUGUCGGAUCCUGUGUCAAAGUACAUCCCAUUCUCAUCCUCUGUGAAGUCAAAGCCGGUGAAGACUGUGCCAACGCUGAGAAACCUCUUGACGAUGACUGCGGGGCUGCAGUACCAGGACUGCCCAGCCUACAGCUCGGUGAUGAAGCAAAUCCGCAAGGGCCAGAUCCGAACGCUCAGCGCAAUGUGUGAUGCUUUGGCCAAAGCACCGCUGCAGAAUGAACCAGGUUCCUGCUACACCUACAGUUUUUGCACCGACUACCUGGGCUGGAUUUGCGAGAAGAUCAGCGGAAAGUCCUUGGAGUCCUUCAUGAAGGAAGCCUUGCUGGAGCCCUUGGGCAUGCGUGAUACACACUUUGUAGUGCCAGCGAAGAAGAAGUCAAGACAAGCAACACUCUACGAGUGCAAUCGCAUUGCUGGAAGCUACACUCUUAAGGUCUGGCAACAUCCAGAAAAGGCCCCCGGCAUUAUGAGCGGUGGCGGUGGCAUAUUGAGCUACCAUGAUGCUGGAAUGUGGAGUACAGCAGAGGAUUAUGUGAAGUUCUGCCAACUCUUGCUCACAGGCCUAUCUCCUUCCGGUCAACGGAUAUUGCGGCCAAAGACGCUCAAAAGCCUUUGGGAAGACAGCCUCGUUCCCUAUGGCCGCAAGGAUGGCCGCCUUCCUGGUUGGCAUGAUGCCGCUGGCCGUGCGCCUGGAGGCGUUUGGGACUACACAGGUUGGUCUCUGCUCAAUACGCACCUGACCUUCCAGGAGCCGCCGAAGGCGGGCCACGUUCGCAUGGGCGAGACCAUGUGGAUGGGCGGUGGUGGUGGAACUUAUUGGGUCGUGGACCGUCGCCACCAGACCGUGGCGGUGUCCUUCUCCCAAAGCUUCGGUGGAAGAGCUUCCACAGAUACUGCAAAGGACGUCGAGUGGACUCGGUUGAAUGGACUUGGUGAAUAAGUUGCUCUUUUCAUCGUGCUGUUUUUUUAAAUACAGAUUGAAACACUGGCAGUUUCUUGAGUAAACUCCAUCGCCGCAAACUCCAUCGCUUCUUUUUCCCUUCGAGCUCCCAGGAUGCUGCAGUCUUUGCUGAACAAGCGGUAGAAGAAGGGCGUGAGCUCAAGCGGCGCCGGCGCUGAAGAUCCGGUUGACCAACGUGAAAGCUGCAGCACCUCCACCCCAAGAGCGAUGGCCUCCACCCCAUAUGUUUGAUUAAGUUAUUUGCUUUUGCAUGAGUAGAUUAGGGCAUGGACCCUUUUCCAGAACAGUCCAUGCGAAUUAAGAGUGCUGCAGCGCUUUGUGUUGGUAGGGCAAAACAGUGAGCAACUUGCCGGGCCUGCCUUGUACCUUCAGCUUGCGACUUCAUUCAAAUUUCAUUUGUCGGAAUGUUGGUGUCCCAA